AUGAGGCACAGAUCAAGAUACAGCACACUGUCAAAAAACUUUACCAGAAAGCGCAAGAGGCAGGAAAAGUUUAAAAAGUUUGUCAAGAAGGAUAUACAGCCUCUUGAAGCUAAAUAUGCUACUCAUGGGCAACUGAAUUUGAACUUCAUCGAUACUCAAAUCACAACAACAAUGUCAUAUCCAUGGAGUAAAGUCACACCCAACCAGCUACAACAUCUGAAGUCCACAAAACCAUUAAGGACUCUAGUGCAUAUAUGUGCCGAAACAAUUGCCUCGCAAGCCCACAAAAUCACCCCAGACUUGAUGACAACGUUGCCGUGGUCGAUUUGGAAAAAAGUGUGGACAAUGAUUCUAGCCACCAACCAAGACUCACUUCAAGUAUACACCAUUUUCCUACGCCAUUUUGGUCAUUUCACCGAUUUCAAGGGUCAUAAAUCCCACAUCACAAAUGUUCGUGAUGAGACAAUUGCGUUUACGCAAGUACCACAGAAUCGACUACAUCGAAUUGAGACUUUAUUCGCAAAUGUUCUUAUACCUGAUAUGACCCAGGGGUUGGCAAAAGUUGGAGCGAGUGUCAUUUUGGAUAUGUCGCGUAUGCCAAUGGUGAGCAAAGAGGAAUACUUUCUGAUUUUUAACGUACCUAAUUUGAUUUGUCUCGAUUUGUCCAACCAGGAGAUCGAUGUCAUAUUCUUACAUCAUUUGGGCUCGUGUAUUGCCACCGGCACCAAACUCAACCAGUUAGUGCUAAUAAAAUUGGCCAAUACAAAAGUGACACCACUAGCUGUGUUGAAGUUUCUCAAUGCAAUUCUGUUUCGAGGUUGCAAACUCGCUUACAUUGAACUUGAUUUUGAAAUCAAGCAUAGGCAUUGGAGGCUCUUAGAUCCGGGCAAAUUGAAAAUUGUACAAACAAUGCCAAUGGGGUUAAGCGUGAAUGCAUUAACCAGAUCGGACACCACUCUGCCCCACUCACCAGUUUCCCCUCAAUUGAAUAAACUCCCGCUUCUUGAUAUAUUCAUAGCAAAAGAGUCUUACGAUAGUACAUACAACAUGGAAGAUAUUUGGAGAUCCCGAAACAGGGCGAUGAAUAGCAUCAAAAAAAGAACAACUUUCGUUUAUGAGAAAAUAUCACCCACCGAGUGGCCCUAUGAAAAUGGGGCAGCGGAUUUAGAGGAGAAACCACAAAGACAGAAAAGGGCACUCAAAACAAAUGCCAGAGACUUUUUCGAGUUGUAA